AACACUGAGGAAGGGGACAAAAGAGAAGCAGCCAGCCCCUGUAACACUGAGGAAUAAGAAACGGCCAGCCCCUGAGGAAGAAGGACAAGGGAAACUUUCCACAAUGCCUUACAAGUUGGUGGGCAGGACAACUCUCCAGAAGGGGAGGAGGUUGUGGGAGCUCGUGGGUCGAUUGAAGAACUUUGGCGUGGGUCGCUUGGUGGUGAGGAGUGCCCAUGACCAUUAUCCUGAGCCCUGCUUCUACCGUAUAGUAAUGGCCAAGCCCGAGAUGGACACCGGCCGGCCACACAUGGAUGAGGACAACCUGAAAGGCAGUGUGCUGGUGGAGCGGAUAUUCCGGGGGCGGCACGACGGGGUGGUGGACAUAUCCAAGGUGGCAUACAAGCCGGACUUCCGCCUGGUCCACCGGCACGAGGAGGCACGUUACAUUGAGGCCUACAAGAACUACAAGCCGGAGGAGGUGCGACUCAUCAACCCUGUGCUGGAAAUGCCACCGCUGCUGAAGCUGGUGGCUGAGAGGGACGGACACGCGGCAAAGGAGCUGAAGGUGAGGCUGUGCAGGACGGCCAAGAACUGUCGCCUGGCCAAGGAAGGGGAGACGCCCACUGAGACCUUCAGCAUCGGCCUCGGGAAACCUGCCAACCCUGACCUCUAUGAAGGCAUCUUGUAGGAAAAGAAUCAGUUGAGUUACUUAUAGAAUUUUUUACUUUUUUUUCGUUAUUAUUUUUGUGUGUGUAUGAGUGUGUAAGUUAAUGCUCUUGCUGUACAGGUGACCCGUUGGAGAGUCAGGCCUUCAUAUUGGCACAACCUGUAAAAAAUAAAAACAAAAGUGGUGUACUGUAAUGCAUUGAAUUUAGAGAACCAAAAAAAAGUUAACUAUUUUUUUUCAUUUCCUUAUUUUUAUUUUUAUUUAUCAUUAUUAGUUUUGUAUUAUUUGGUAUGUAUGACUGUAAAUAAAGAUCACAUUUUAA